UGCCUGUGAUCGCAGUGUUUGCUGGGCAUCUCUUGCAAUUCAGACCCUACCUGGGGAAUGGACCACAUCAAUUUAAAUCUUAGCCCUUAGUACAACUCUGUCUGUGCAAAGGUCACAGGCUGCACAGCUGCGCCCAGGGGGCCAAAAUAAACUCUGCAUGAUCUACUACCGAUUUCCUUCAGAAUUCUUAUCCCGAUUAGCACGGGGGGGCCUCGUCCCGGUCGGGCCUGCACCGGCGUAUUAUUUAUACGCAAAAAGCCUGAGCAGCCGCUAAAUUAGCCAGCAUUCCUAGGAUGCCGCUAAUGUGCUGUUUUCAGCUGGGGGAACAGAGUGAUUCCAAAAUAACCAUCAGGCGUUGAUAAGCCUCCAUGAGUCAGCGGCAUCUCUGGCGCUGAAGUCCGUUCCCGAGGGCUCGCUACUUCCCCUGUCAUAAACACACGAUAGCAGUCGAAAGUGUGCCUGGGAGUCCUCAGACCCACCGGCGAUGCCUGGUACGGGCGGCACUGCACGCACUUUGUCAAGCUGAAAUGGGCUCCAUUAAACACACAGCCACUGAUCUACUUGGACACACUGAAAUGCGGCACUUCUCAUAAACCGAGCCGAAGAAACCGAACCGGCCCGGAAACCUGUCCAAUAGGGCGGCGGUGCCCUUUGACCCUGUGAGGAUUACGGAUGACAGAUGAUGAAGGUGCCCCUCAUCUUCCUCCAGCCCGAGCGUUUUGCUGCGGGCCCAGUCUAACGGCGCAGUCAGCAUAACGGAUGACAUCGUCCGCGCCUGUGAGAAAUGAGAGGCGGCAUGCUUGAAGGUCUCAGCUUAAUAAGGCUCACACAACGCGGCCAGGAAUGUGCCCCCAUCCAAAAUCCCAUCCUGAUAACGUUCGAUUUAAAGCCUCACUGUAUUCGGAGUACCAGGCACCAAGCUGCCUCAUGCUCUCCCAUGUAUUGCUGAAACACUGAGAUAUAAAGCUUCUUAUGGGAGAUACAUACAUACACAUACAUACAUACAUAAACAUACAUACAUAAAUGUCGUGUUAGAAUCUGCCAAGUUAACUAAUAACCCUGCAGUUUGCCCUUUAAUAACGGAUUGGUAUUUGGCUUGAACAAGUGGUGAAAAUGGAUGAAUUUCUCACACGCUGUGUGGAUUUUCCUAUUUAUAUAGCACAUUUAUUAACAGUUACCCAGCAUGCUCCUGCGCUGGGCGUCAUUUUUCAAUCGUGGCGGCUUUUGUCCAGUUUUCCUGCGGUGUUCGGAGUAUUGCCUGCUUAUACCCUGGCAGUGCUGAAAUGAAACUGACCAUUUCUCCUGGCUGUUUGUUUGGAUCCCGGCAGUGAUAAUCUAUACCAAAUGGCGUCGCAGCUGGAAUGUGUGGCCUGGAACCCUGUCAACUCGCUGGCAUCCACCAUCAAGAGCCACGCCUCGGGAUACGAGAGUGACCCCAACACGCCCAUGAUGUACAGCUGCAGCACGCAGUACCGCAUCCACACCCACGGCGUCUUCCGCGGCCUCCAGGUCAGUCGCCGCUCCGCCAGCGCUCCGGGGUUCGCCUGGAGGUCGCCUCCCCCCCCCGAGCCUUUUGUUCUUCCAACAUGCCCAAG